AUGGCGGCGGCGCGCUGGGACGAACUCCCGGAUGACAUCGUCCGGCAUAUCGAGGCCCUCCUCCCUUGCCCGCUCGGCCGCGUCUACAUGGGCGCCUGCUGCAAGUCGUGGCACAGAGCGACCACCACGCCCGCUCCCGCUGCCUCGCCUCCGCGGCUCCUCCCCUGCCUUCUACUCCCGCUCGCCGGUGGUCCGUCCGUCGCCUGCAUCCUGAGCGGCGGCGCCCAGCACGGCCUCGGCCUUCCGGAAGACGCGCGCCGCGCCCGUUUCUUCGGCUCCUACGACGGCAUGUGGGCGUUCCUCGCCCUCGGCAGCAAAGAGGGGCACGUGCUGCUCAACGUCCGCACCGGCGAGCGCAUCCCGCUGCCCGACAUCGACAUCGGGGACCUCUCGAUUAGAUGCCGCCGGGUCCGCGACGACCACGGAGUCGUCCGGUCGCACCAAAGGUUAUGUUUCCGGGGCCCUCGCCAUCCCGUCAUGAUCCUCGCCGCGACCCUCUCGUCGGCGCCGGCCGUCGACGGGAAGUGCAUCGCCGGCGCCAUCCUCAACGUGCACGGACCCAAAGGCGUUGACAAAUGGCACUACGUCUGCUUCUGGCGCCUCGGCUCGCGGAUCGCCAUCCAGCCACUAGAGGUCUGCGCCGGCGUUGGGUGGUCGGCGCAGGACAUCGCCUUCUUCUACGGCCGCUUCUUCGUACUGACCAAGGGCGAGAACCUCCGGGUCUACACUGUUCUCGACCAACCAGAAGAGGAUCUUGGCACUCGCGGCGCCGUCUUCUACUAUACUGGCCGCGGCGACACGCGGGACUACGCAGAACCCCGCGCCGGAUACCUCGUCGAGUCACGCGGCGAGCUCCUCAUGGUGGCCAAGGAGUGGAUGCCUGACGACGGGGCCACCUCAUGCGUUCGGCUCUUUGCGCUGACUCCGGUCGCGCACCGCAAGCCCGAGUUCUCUCUCGCUUGGACUGCGGUCGGAAGCCUCGAUGGCCGGCUGCUGGUCGUCGGCCCUGGCUGCUCGAGGGCGUACGAGUGCGCCGACUUCCCGUCCGGCUGUGUCGAGGAGGGCGUAUAUUUUCUCGACGACCGCACCUACUACAACGAGACCUACUACGAGCCCUUCUUCCCCAUGCAGAGUAACCCCGGCGAGUUUGCCUGCGCCGACAAUGGAAGGUGCUGCCUGCUGCCCGCUCGUCCCGAGCACUGCUUUCCCAUGAAGCCGGGGGAAGGCUCCUUCUCAGCUUACUCGCCACCGGUCUGGCUCCUACCUUGA